GUCAAAUCAACUCAAAGAUCAACAAAUAUAAAAACGAUGUUCAAGAAUCGUUUCACGGGUCUUAUGACGCGGAAGGGCACGGCCACGGCCACGGCCACGGCCCAUGCGAGAAACUACAUCUUUCAGAAGAGUUUCAAUGCACGCCAAGUGCUGAUGGCCAAGGCUAAGGCGAAUGGGGCACCACAGACAGAGACCUUGGAGCACCAGACCCCGAAUCAAACGCAGCCGGAGAGUGCUUGUCCGGAAGUGAAGACAACAGGAACAACUGCUGUGCCCUUGGCCGAGAAUACACGCAAGACAGUUUCCCUCAAGACAUUUACAACCGCCCCAUCGGCCAGCUUUUCCGAUCAGCGCGAAAGGUGGAUGGCCAGGACCAAGGAGAUUCAGCGCAAGGCCAUGCUGGCAGCCAAAGAAGGUCCUACCAAGGCAGCAAGCAACAAAUGGUCGACUCCCGGGCUAUACGACUGGCAGCAGCAGCUGUCGCCGCAAAAGAAGCCAAAUGUCGAUAAUGAGAUCAUCUCCCCAGCGGAAGGCCAACGGAAGUCUUGGACGAAUCGCGUGCACGGCUCACAAAUGCAGAAGCAGAAACAGACACGGUUCCUUGAGGAACCGAGUGGCAGGCAGCACGCCAGAAGAGAUAUGGAACAGAAGGGACAUAGGAUACAGCAGAUAACCAGAAUGGAGUCCAGAGCUUCGGCAGCAGCAGCCCCUGCAGAGCUCGAGGAACCGAAGAAGAAGUCGCCCGAGCGUUUGGCUUACCUGGAGGCCAUCCAAAAGCUGAACAGUUACCACGCUUUCGACUCGGUGCCCGUGCGGAUGGGCCGGCAGGGCUCCGAUUGCCAGCCGGAUCCGAUGAUAGAACAUACCCUGGAGUGCUUGGAGAGGACGAAGCUGUCAAAAGCGCAGUUGGAAAGCAUUCCCGUCAUACAGAUAUCCGGAUCGAAGGGCAGAGGAACCACAUGUGGCCUCGUUCAGAACAUCCUGCUCUCGCAUGGUAUCAAGACAGGGCUACUCUGCUCGCCCCAUCUCUUCUUUUCCUGCGAGCGAAUACGCAUCGAUGGGCAGCCCUUGAGUGAGGUUCAGUUCACGAAGCUCUUCUGGAAGAUUCAUGCCAGGCUGGCAAAAAUGCAACCACCGCCAGCCUACGACCAACUCCUGACGGUGAUGGCCUUCCAUGCGUUCCGCCGGGCGAAUGUGGAUGUGGCCAUUGUGAAGGUGGGCAGUGGAGGCGCCAGCGAUUGCACCAACGUCACCUCGCAUGCGGGAACAAUCGGCAUCAACACUCUGAGCCGGGAUAAAAGGUCGGAUCUGAGGCAUACCAUGCGGGACAUUGCCUGGGCCAAGGCGGCAAUCAUGAAGCCCUCUGCCAGCAUAUACACGAAUGUCAGCCAAGCAGAGUGCUGUGAGGCCCUAGCCCAGAGGGCCAGGGAGCUUGGCGUCCAGCUCCAUCGAGUGCCCACAUUCGAAGCCCUGAUCGAGGCAAACCUCAACCAAAAGCACCUGCUCUCCAAGGCAAACCAUUCCGUGAAGUUGAAUGGCUCAUUGGCCAUCCAGCUGGCGUGCGACUAUCUCAGGCGCCACAAGCCGGAGUUUGUGGUGGGAUUGGACACAAAUACAGUUAAAUUGUCUCAACGUGCGGCCCGCGGGAUUGGCAGCUUCCAGCCGGCGGGACAUUUCGAUGUGAUCAGACAGGACAGCCUUAAUGUCUAUUUGGACACGGCUGAUUCUGUCGAAUCGAUGAUGGCAUGUAGGGAGUGGUUCUAUGCCGGUACUCGGGCCAGUCGCUCGCCAAAGAUUCUGCUGUACAGUAGGGGGAACGAGUUCAAUGCCAAGGAUCUUCUAGCGAUCCUUCGCUUCAAAGUGCGCUUCGAUGAAGCCUGCUUUGUGCCAUGCCCCAGUUUCUUCGAGGGCGAAAUCGUAGCCGAGGAGUUAUCCGCGGCCAUGGUCUGGGACGACAAGCAGGAGCUGCAGCGGGCAAAGAACAACGCCAGAGCCUGGUGUCGUCUCUGCGAGGAGAUCGGAAAGAAGGACACCUCCCAUCUUACCCUCUCGGUCAACUCAUGCUUUGACCACGUCCGCACCAAGUAUGGCCAGCAGAGUGAAGUCGAUGUCUUGGUAACUGGCUCCCGACAGUUGGUGGCUGCAGCCAUGACGACGCUCAACAAAAUGAGGGGCUCUAAGGCUCCAAGCCACCACAGUUGAUCCAUUUAAAUUUUGUAGUUUUUCUUCCAAAUUUCGAAAGCCAAACGAAUAUGGAAUGGAAUCACCACCAAAAACUCCAGCUAGAGCAAGUACGAUUUUAAAUAAAUCCCAAACAGAAUAGUUUUUAUCAUAGACCAAUGAAA